UCGGAGCGCGGAGCCCGAAGCCCGAGCGGGCGCCUGCGGGGCGCGAUGCGCUGCGUCAAGUUCCUGCUCUUCGCCUUCAACUUCGUCUUCUGGCUGGCAGGGUUGGCUGUCAUUACCUUUGGACUAUGGCUGCGAUUUGGUGGGGUCCUAGGAGACUUAACUUCAGCGGAGAAAUCCCCUGAGUCUUUGUACAUGGGACUCUAUGUGCUGGUGGGAGCAGGGGCACUGAUGAUGACAGUUGGAUUUUUUGGGUGCUGUGGAGCAGCGCAGGAAUCUCAGUGCCUUCUUGGAGUGUUUUUUGCCUGCUUGCUGGUGAUAUUUGCUGCUGAAGUCACCGCUGGAGUGUUUGCAUUUAUUGGCAAAAAAGUGGCAGUUCAGGAGGUCCAGAAAAUCUAUCAUGAAGCCUAUGAUGACUAUGUGGACACGGGGAAGAGCAACAAAACUCUCAUUCAGUUGCACGCAGCUCUUCAAUGCUGUGGUAAAGAAAGCGAGGUUCCGGUGAAGUCCACCUGCCCAGAGGGCAUCCAGCUGCCCAAGAACUGCCUGAAUGAAAUCCAGAAUGUAAUUAAUUCUAAUCUGCGUUUAGUUGGAAUUGUUGGGAUUGGAAUUGCUGGUAUCACAAUUUUUGGCAUGAUAUUCAGCAUGGUUCUCUGCUGUGCCAUCCGCAAUACAAGAGAUGUGCUUUAAAAUUCUCACUAUACAAUUUCUAUGCUCUGGGACAUCCAGAUGAAACUUUAAGAUGCACUCUACACAUUUUAAUAAUUGUAAUACAUUUGUAUUAGUGUGUUUUAACCAACAGGAAAGGGUCCCAUUGGUAAGACUGAAUUAAUUGUGUUGAAACAUUUAAAUCAGAAAACUGAAAUGAGCAAAAUGAGGGCUUAAAAUGUAUUUUCCUUAAACUGAAAAGACUAUCUAAAAUUAAUUUCUCUUUAAAUACCUUUGCAUUUAUCUGGCCGAGUGCCUUCAUAUCCAUAUACAUUGGGUAAGCACCUGCCUGUCUCCACACUUGGACCUGUAAAAGCACACAAGUACAGACUGUGAGGGUAAAUACAUGCGUAUGACAUAUUUAGUGUGGGCAUAUGAUUGAACACACAUUCCUGCAGUGUCCGCACUGUGUGAGGGUGUGCAUACUACCCCCCCUGCACAUGGACAUCAAACCUCUGUAUGUCAGUAAUCAGUGUAGGAGAAAUUGUCAUUUUAAAAAAUAAAACCUUUAAUGUAGUUAUCCAUUUUCCCCAAAUUGAAAAGGAAAUACAAUUAAUAAAUUGGAUUUAUUCAAAUGAGUUGAUCUCUAAAGGCCUGUUUCAGGAUGCACUUCCUGUGAGUAGUUCUGCUGACUUCAGUGUCACAUGCAGCAGCCUUGGGCCCUACAACUCAACCAAGAAGGCUUAUUGGGGAGCCCCAGGACCAGGAAAAAGGAGGGUGAAGAGGGCAAUGGGAGGCUGAUGGGUAAUGCGGAGUCACUUAAACCAGGGUAAAGUGUGCUGAGGCCUCCCAACCGAGGUCAUGUGACAAAGCCAUGAUUAUGAGUUUGAAAGGGUUUCUAAAGUGGAAAUGUCAAAAGCAAGGGCUGAAGCUCAGAAUCCUAGCCCCAGACCCACCGUGGGAGCAGCUAGUAUGGACUUACA